AUGGCUACUGAAACCAUAUUAUUAAAUACAUUAACUACAGAGGUUACCUCACUUGAUGCUGCUGGUGAUAAUUGUUUUAAAGAUCUAUUAGAUAUUACAGAUAACUUUUUAAGUGAAUUAAAAUUAAUCGAAUCAAAUUUACAGCAAGAUUUACAACAGGAUACUUCAUUAUCAAAAUUAUCAGAUCAUUGGUAUAAAUCAUCAAUAAACAAUUUAAAGUCUUAUAACACAUCGGUUAAUAAAUUUCAAAAGAAUAUAUUAAAUAAUACAAAGUUCAAUGUCGAUUUAGAUGAUGCUUAUACUUAUCCUCUAAUUAUGGAUAGUUUUCCGACAAAUACUUUUAAUAAUGAUUCAACUGAAUUAAAGAGAAUUAAAAUGGAAAAUAGAGAAGAAUUGAUUAAAUCUAUUAUUUUACAUUUAUUAAAAAUUGGUCAAUGUGAUAUUGUUCCUUAUAUAUUAGAAGAAUUAUCAAAUUCAUCAGUCGAAAUAAAUCAAGACCUACUGAAACAAUUUGAAAAUUUAAAUAAAAUAGUAGAUGAUAUAACAGUUAAUCAUGAUUUAUCAUUAGCUUUAACCUGGUUUAAUAAAAAAUAUAAUGAAUCAAUUCAACAACAAUUUAAUUCAUUUUUUUCAGAUGAUGAAACAUUGUCAAAUAUUGAAUUUAAAUUCCAUAUGCUUCAAUUUAUAAUAUUAUUGAAUGGUAAUGAUUCCUCCUUUUCAUUAAAUGAUACCCUAAAUGCUUAUCUUUAUGCAAAAGAUAAUUUUUCAAAAUUUUUUAAAGAUUAUUUAACUGAAAUAAGUCCAUUAAUGACAUUACUACUAUUCCAAACCAAUAAAAAUGUUGAAUAUGAUGAUUUUUCAAGAAAAUAUGUAAUUGCAAGUGUAAAAUCAUUUAUUGAAAAGAUGAAGCAAGGAUUUGAUUUAAAGAAUGAUCAAAAGAUAAAUAGUCAUGGAGGAGAGAUUAAGUUUGUAAGUGAUUUACUUAAUAAUUUUGAAGAUAUACAUAAGUCACAUAAUUUAUUUAUUAAUUUAUCAAAUGAAUUUAUAUCGGAGUAUUGCAAAGAUUUAAAAUUAUCAAAUGAUUCAUCAUUGUUUCAAAGUAUACUUGCUGGUCAUAUAUACUUACCUAGUUUUUAUAAAUAUAAUCAAAUACAAUCAAAGCUUAAAAGGAAUGAAAAGAAAGAAGAUCUUGUUAAUAAUGUUGCUACUUAUCAUUUUGAAUUACCUUUUCAAUUACCCGAUUCAAAUAGGUUUCUAUUUAAAUAUCAUCCUAUAUUCAUAUGUCCUGUUUCAAGAGAACAAUUAGUACCUAUUACAGAAACAGUAAUUGAAACAAUAAACUCAGAUUCAAAUAAGAAGAGAAAACAUUUAAUUGAAAAUCCAUCAAAAACCCAAGUUGUUGUAUUAAAUUAUUGUCAACAUUUAGCUUUAAAAGAUAGUAUAUGGCAAUUAAGUAAAAAAGGAAUGGAUGUAUUCAAAUGUCAUUAUUGUUAUAAAAAACAUAAAUUUAAUGAUAUAACUGAUGCUUUUUUUAUAGAUUUAUGA